AUAGGCUCCAGCAACCCCAAACGGGACAAGCGGUAGUAAAUGGAUGGAUGGAUAUAAUUUUGGGAUUUGGUUCCACAAAAAAAAGCCCCAAAGUUUUUCAUUGCGCGCGCGUGGAGGCCGGUCCACGUGACGUCACCGCCCAGCCAGUCCUAUUUGGGCGCGGCGGGGAGAAGAAGAUGAAGAUGAGGAGAGGACGUCCACGGACGCGGACUGAGUCCCAGGACGUGAGCCGGGAGGACCAGCGCGGACAUGGCGGACAUGGCGGUGCUCCCGUGGCUGCUGCUGACGCUCGUGUUGUCCACGGGCUGCGCGUGCCAGCACCGCCUGCUGCUGCGCCCGGUGCCCGGCGACGGUCUCCCGGUCGUGGAGCUCCAGGAGGACCCGGACCCGCUGCUGGACCCCACGGAGAAGGACCUGAACGAGACGGAGCUGCGGAGCGCGCUGGGCGCCCACUUUGACGCGCGCCUCAUGUCCGUGCGCGAGCCGGGCGACGAGGACGCGGCGGCGGGCGACGAGGACGCGGGCGCCGACGCGCGCAUCAUGCCCGAGGAGAUCCGGGUCAUGGAGUUCGAGGUGCCGCGCGGCAAGAGGCGGAAGCCGAGCAAGAAGCUGCGGCGGCGGCUGCAACUGUGGCUGUGGUCGCGCGCCCGCUGCCCGGUGACGCGCGCCUGGAGCGACCUGGGCAGCCGCUUCUGGCCGCGCUACGUCAAGGCGGGAAGCUGCUCCGGCGAGCGCUCCUGCUCCAUGCCGGAGGGCAUGCACUGCAGGCCGGCGCGCUCCUCGCACCUCACCCUGCUCAGGUGGCGCUGCUUGCACCGGAAGGCGGCGCUCAGGUGCGCCUGGAUCCCGGUUCGAUACCCCGUCGUCUCCGAGUGCAAGUGCGCAUGUGCCAACUGACUCGAUCGAUCGACGCGGAGACCUCGAGACUUUCGUCGAAGUUGACACAAAGUCUUUUCGAUGAGGCACUUCCGGACAGAGUUUGCCAAAAUAAAAGCGCAGCUUUUAGUGUAAAAACUGACUGAUAGUGGAAUGUUCCGCUGUCAAUCAUUUGUUGACAUUAUACCUGACUGUCGUCACGUGUCUGUGGAGGGCAGAGGUCAAAAGACUUAAUUAGCUCGAUUAAAAUGUUGACUUCUUCCGUGUUAAAGGGAGUGGCGCCCUCUGGUGGUGACUAGUAUAUAUUCAACUAGUUCAAGUUGACGAAGUGAAAAGUUAAAGCUCCUCUGAUUGGUCGAGUGACGUCAGGUAAACAAAAGGGUUUCUACUAGGUUUGUGGGAAAAAACCGAAUCGAAUACGUUGUGCAAUUCAGAAUUGAUUCUCAAUUUUUUUAAAUCGAUUUUUUUUUUUUUAUCAAUCCAACAAACCACUACACAGCAAUACCAUAACAAUGCAAUCCAAUUCCAAAAGCAAACCUGACCCAGCAACACUCAGAACUGCAAUAAACAGAGCAAUUGAGAGGAGACACAAACACCACACAGAACAAACCAAAAGUAGUGAAACAAAAAUGAAUAUUAUCAACAACAUUAUCAAUAUUAGUUAUAAUUUCAGCAUAGCAGUGAUUAAAAAUCCCUCAUUGACAUUAUCAUUAGACAUUUAGAAAAAUAAUAAAAAAAGAACAAUAGUGUCACAGUGGCUUACACUUGCAUGGCAUCUCAUAAGCUGGACAACACACUGUGUCCAAUGUUUGCACAAAGAUAAAAUAGGUCAGAUUUUUGGUUCGUUUAAUAGAUAAAACAAAUUUACAUUAUUGCAAUCAGUUGAUAAAACAUUGUCCUUUAUAAUUAUAAAAGCUUUUUAAAAAAUCUACUACUCUGCUAGCAUGUCAGCAGACUGGGGUAGAUCCUGCUGAAAUCUAUGUAUUGAAUGAAUACACAAUCCUUUUCAAUCGGAAAAAUAUCGUUUUUGAAUCGAUAUAUUAUUGAAUCUUGACCCCAAGAAUCGAUAUUGAGUCGAAUCGUGGGACACCCAGAGAUUCUCAGCCCUAGUUUCUACACACGCACGUGAUGUCGUCAUAGUGAGGUCAUGUGACAACAAGCAGCCAGUUAGAAGUGUGACACACACACACACACACUGCAGGUUUGUCACCUGCGUGUGAGGAGACAAGACGCCCACUGGGCAGCCUGACUGCCGCCAAGAUCAUGUGAUGACGUCCAAGGACAACAAGAGGAGCCGUCAGGUUAUUUUGGAAUAUUAACAACAUAUAUUUCAUACACAAAUAAUACAAAACACCUUAGAUUAAGGUGUAAAGUGUAAUAUCUUUGACCACCAGGGGGCAGCAUGACAAGAAGACUCAUCAAUCUGCUGUCUAAACACACACUGUGUUAUAUGCGCAUGCGUCAGUAUGUACCAUACUUCUAUCAUUGUUCCAAAAUAUGUCAUUUGUUCCUGUUCCGGUUUUAUUUUCAAUCCAACAAUUCCACGAGUCAGUGUGUACUUUAUUCACUGAUAUUUUCGUUUCGUGAAUGGCUUUUUUUAAUCUGAUUUUUUUUUUAAAUGCAAAUACAUCGUUUGAAAUACAAAGCGUUCUUCUCUUUCGGUGUCAAAGAGCAAAAAGUACAUCUUAAAAGGGUUUCAUUUCACAACAAAAAUCAUUCAAGUCUGCUGAAAAGGAAUAAAAAACGACCUUUUUUUUUUCCUAUUCGGAACCGGAAGUGCCACUGUUGGGUUUGUAAAUUACUUCCGGUUUCGUGUCGGAUUAUAAAAAAGUUUUCUGUUUUUGGUCCUUUUUUUUUUAUUGUUGCAGAUUGCUGGAUGUCAUUUUAUGAAAAAAAAAAUCGAACCGUUCU